GAGAUGUCGAGUUGCUGCAAUCUGCGCCCAGGACACUUGGAAAGCUUCCGCAUCAGCGCGACCGUGAUUAUGUGACGCUCGCUCAGGAAGUCCAUCGCCAAUCAAUAAAACCAUCAUCGGCCUGGUAAGCGGCCUCUUCAUUCCAUUCGGCGGCGUUCCUGUCGGCCAGGCUGCGCCCGUGAUUUGAUUCACUUGUGUUUGUUUUGUAGGUGACUCUUAGGGCGGAGAAAGAGAGAGAUUCGGUUUGGCUUGUCGAGGCGAGGCAAGAUGGUGAAGUCGCGGAUGAGAGCCGUCGAUGUGAGGGCGAUGGUGAGUGAGAACACACACGUGCGCGUGAUGGAUAACUGAUUGUUGUGUGUGUUUGUGUUUGUGCUGCCACACACAUUGCACAGGUGUCGACCAUCCGUCCUCAGAUCAAGGGCCUCCGGCUGGCCAACAUCUACGACAUCAACUCCAAGGUACCAACCAGCUAACAAACAAGCAAACACACACACACACACACAUGGACACGGUGACAGAUGUUUUUCGCCUCUGUCUGUUCACCUCGUUCAUCUGUGCAUCGUUGAUGUGUCGUGUGUGCAGGUGUAUGUGUUGAAGUUUGCACGAGGAGAGACCAAGCACCAGGUGCUGCUGGAGGCCGGCAUCCGGUUCCACAUCACCGAGUGGAAACGAGACAAAUCGGCCAUCCCAUCUGGUUAUACCAUGAAGGUAGAGUAGAUCCCGCCCAAACGGGAUGGAUGAGUGCGAGUGGAUAUAUCGUUGUGUAUGUAUGUCAGCUGCGCAAGCAUUUGCGUACGCGUCGUCUGGAGGACGUGCGCCAGCUGGGUGCUGACCGUGUGGUGGACUUCGUGUUCGGCGCGUCGGACGGGUGCUUCCACCUUAUUCUGGAGCUGUAUGUGUCGGUGAGUCAGGAUGGAUGACUCGACGGGACAGACACCCACACCAUUAUGUGGAGGGAGGGAGGGAGGGGGAAUGGACUUUGCCUCUCUGUCUUCAUUGUUUGUCUUGUCUGUGCAUCUCUCUAUAGGGCAAUUUGAUUCUUACUGACCACGAGUACAACAUCUUGAUUCUGCUGAGUGGGUGAGGGGGGGAAUAAAGCCGGUCCAAAGCCACACCCACCAACAAACACAUAACAUACAUGGGUCAAUCCAUGAUGGCUGGAUGGCUGGCUGGCUGGAUGGAUGGAUGGAUGUCAGGGAGCCAUACCUACGAGGGGGAUAUCAAAGUGGCUGUCAAGCAAAAGGUGGGUGGGUGGGGUGUGGGUGGGCGCAUGUAACCAACCGGCUCGCCUUCUGGCCUCUGCCUCAACAAAUAAAGGCUCGACCGCCUCCCGCUGUGUGUGGGUGUGCAGUAUCCCGUAGAGCUGGCGGCCAAGACCUCCCUUCUGGCACACUCGCUGGACCCCCACAACCUGACCGCAGACGCACUCGUCCCCAAACUGCAGGAGGUCAGUCAGGGCAUCAGCGGCUGGGGAUCUGUGUGUUCUGCAUAUGGUCCGUACCUCAUUGAUGUCUGUCAGCUUUUGUCCGCGUCGGAGAGCCAGCCGGAGGCCGACGAAGAGGCGACGGACAAGAAGAGGAAAAAGAAAGGUGCGUGACGUUGCGUCGUCUCAAGUAUAUACGCGCCUUGCACGUAUGCCGUGUGUGCAUGGGCAGGUCGGAGUGGCGGUGUUGGUGGCGGCGGCAUAGCAGUGAAGGAGGCCAUAAACCAGCUGGUGCCCUUCGCCGACCCCGUCCUCAUCCACCACUGCCUCAUGCAGACGGGCGUCGGACCCAAGACACUCAUAACAUCAUCACCCGACGACCAGAGCGGCGGCAUGGCAGUCCACGACGCGGCCACGGUACUCGUCAACGCCAUCAACGAGGCACUCCUUGUGGUUGGUACACACGCAGACACAUUGAUACACACAUGCAUGGACUCACUCAUUCACUCCCUGCCCUUUCUGUGUCACUCGUGGCUGGCUCCCUCCGUUCGUGCAGCUGCGGUCUCUGAGCAUUGUGGGUGACGUGGGCGGCCCCGAUGAAGGAGAGGAAGAGACCGAGCGAGACAUACCCGGGUGGAUCACGUACACCAAGACCAGCAUCGGUGGGCAAACAAACAAGCAAGGAAGCGACAAGGGCGACGGACAGGCCAUCCAUCCAUGAUACACUCUCAUGUGUGUAUUCUGUGCCAUAUGCAUGCAGCUCCGUCAGCAGAGGCCGCUGCCGCAGCUGGUGCAGACGCCAAAGCGACCGAGGCUGGCGUCUUCUACGACGAGUUUCUGCCCUUCCUCUUCGCCCAGUACAAAAGCCCAUCGGUCCUUGUCAAGGAGUUUUCCCGCUUCGACUUGUGUGUCGACCACUUCUUCUCACAAAUCGAGUCGCAGAAAGUCGAGAAGGAUACCGCACAAAAGACGGCACAGGUACGUAUGUAAACAGAGAGACAGACAGACGGCUCGCCGCACUGCACUCAGUAGAUACGGUCCUCACACGUGUGUGUGUCCCUCCCUCCCUCCCUCCCUGUCUGUGAAGGUGUAUUCGAAGGUUGACAAGAUCCGUGUGGAUCAGCAGCGUCGUGUGGAGCAGCUGGCUGGCGAGCAGGAGCUGUCUGACCGUCAGGCGUCGCUGAUAGAGCAGAACACCGACACAGUGGAGCAGGCCAUCAUGCUCAUGCGCACCGCACUCGCCACGGGAGUCGACUGGCAGGAACUAUGGACGCAAAUCAAAUACGUACGUACGCAAGUAAACAAGCACAUUGCUUCCCAUAUUUAUAUGUAUGUAUGUGUCAAUCGGCCAGGAGCGUCGCAACGGCCACCCUGUGGCUGCCCACUUUCACGCGCUAGAGCUGAGCAAAAACACCAUCCACCUCCUGCUGGGCGACAACGCAGAUGACGUACAAGAGGUAUGCAUAACACGCACUUGCAGCCAGACAGCCAGACAGCCAGACAGCCAGACAGACAGGCGGACAGACAGACAGACACCGGAGCUACCAUCCUUUCGUCCAUUCAUCGAUUGUUUGAUUGUUUGUCAGGACAAGCCCAUGUUGGUGGUGCCCAUCGACCUGAGCCUGUCUGCGCACGGCAAUGUGCAGCGCCUCCACGCACUUCGGAAGCAGACAAAGGCCAAAUUCGAAAAGACGCAGGUGGCAGCAGGUAGGACGACACAUGCCACAGCGAGCAGACACGCUCUGAUGCGCAUCCAUGCAUAUGUGUGUGUGGUCUUGUUCUCUGUCUGUCCGUCUCUCUGGUUGCUAUGAGAUAGAGUCGGCCAUCAAGACGGCAGAGAAGAGGGCCAAGCAGGAGAUCAAACAGGUGGGCAAAAGCACCCAUACGUACCCCACAGCCCACGACGGUCACGUCGUGCACGCCGUGCAAGCAUAGCCACACAUGUGCACAUGGACGGACGUGUGCUGGGUUCUGGUGUGCAGCAACAAGAAGCGUACCACAAGGCGAGUCUGCAGAGGCUGCGCAAGACUAUGUGGUUCGAGAAACUGCUCAUUUGUGUGACUGCCCGCCCUUUUCGUUGUACGAAUGCAUUUGAUGCUCUCUGCUCAGGUUCGAGAAGUUCUACUGGUUCAUCUCGUCCGAAAACUUCCUCAUUCUCGCCGGUCGAGACGCAAACCAAAACGAAAUACUGUUCAGGAGAUACAUGCAGAAGGUAGGUCGGUGCAACGUGUUUGUGUGGCCACUGGUGGCCGUUGGUGGAUCGAUAUGUGUGGUGUGUGUCAUGCAUGCAGAACGACAUCUACGUGCAUGCUGACGUGCAUGGUGCUGCCACAUGCAUCAUUAAGAACCCCUCUGGCGAGCCUGUGCCACCCACCACACUGCACGAAGCUGGUAGGUAUCCCACCACACCACACACCACACGCACUCUCUGAGUGCGUCUGCAGGCCAGAUGAGCAUCUGCCGCAGCGCUGCAUGGGACCAGAAGGUGCUGACGUCAGCAUGGUGGGUGAACAGCCACCAGGUCUCAAAGACCGCACCCACAGGUACAUACACACAUACAUACAUGAGGGCUGGUUCGUAUGAUGAGCGCAGACAGACAUGGGUGUACACAUGCCGUGUGUGUCAUGCUAUGCUGGUCAGGAGAGUACCUCACACAAGGGGCUUUCAUGAUCCGGGGCAAGAAGAACUACCUCCCCCCGAUGAAACUGGAGAUGGGACUCACCGUCCUCUUCCAACUCGCUGAUGACAGGUACUCAUACCCUCACAUAGUCGUACCGCCACCCUACCCCACACCCCUGCAGCCCAUUCUUUUCAUUCAUCCAUUUCCCCCCUCAUUCAGCUUUGCGCGUCACGUCGGCGAGCGGUCUGGCCGCCGUGCUGGCGACGAUGCCUCGUCUGCGUCUCCGUCCCCGUCUGAGCACCGCACACCGGCAUUGGCGGGAGCAUCGGAUCAGUUAGGGGGAGAGGAGGAGGACAACGAGUACGACGAGGUCGACCUCGGCGAGAAUGGGGACGAAGACGAGCAAGAGGACGGAAGAGAGCAACAAGACCAGCCAGGCCAAGACCAAGACCAAGGCCAGCCAGAUGAUGAGGCAGACGAGGAGGAUGAGGGGGUGCCCGAGAGCCAAACCAGCUCUGCACGCAUGAGCCGCAAGGGCACCGGCUUCGUGCGGCAGGAGGACGUCCCGCCCAUUUCCGACGACGAGGAAGAAGACAAUGAGGAUGAGGAAGAGGACCUGCAGGUCAACAUGAUUGUCAGGAGCGCGCAGCCUGACGCCGACAGCAACCCCCCAGCAGCAGCAGCAGAGGGGUCACACGCCAGCUCACGGGCCGAGUCCAUCCAGGACACUCCACGCACAAGGCUGAGGCGCAAACCCACGGGGUUCGUUUCACUUGCCGACCUCAGAAAGAGAGCCGGUCAGUCUGGGCCUCGCUCGCGAGUAUAUAUACAUUUUCCAUGGUUCUAUCUAUCUGUCUGCUUGCUGUGCUGUCACCUGUUCCCUGCAUUCGUGCGUGCAGGUGACGAGGCGGCAGAGGAGGUGAUCGAGACGACGCGAGAGGCUGAGCAAUCCGGGGAUAGGAUGACCGACUUCGAGCGAUCCGGGGCCAACCCCAACGACCCCACGACGCAGGAGAUGCUGGAAGACACAUCCAUAUCCACAUCUCAGCACGAUCGACCGGCCCACCCACCUACUGGCGGACAAAGGCGCCGUGUGUCGGUAUCGGACACACCGCCCGCAAUCAUCCCAAACCCCGAGCUGCCGGAGAUCCACGUCACAUGGUCGCCACAAAUCCAACGCGUCAUCGACCCGCCGAAGAUCGAAAACAUCGUAAGCAACAUCAAGACAGACAGGCAGCGAGACAGAGAGACUCGAGCGCACAUGCCCUCCCACCCCUUUCACCACAAUCAAUGUACGUACCUCUUCUCGUGCUGUAUGCUGCCAUGUCAGCACGUUGAGUUUGACGAUCUGCCGCCAGCGAUUGUCCCAGAUGCGCCUGAAGACCCAUUUGUCGUGGAGGAUGACGAGUCCCCCAGCAGCAACAAGGACAGCGAGGCCAAUGGCGACGAAGGCGAGGGGGAGAGCGACACCGCAAAGACCGCAGUGCACAAGGCCAAGAUGGCCCGGCGCGCGACAGGCUUCAUCCGGAGCGCACCGCCGCCCAGCGACGAUGAAGAUGAAGAUGAAGACGAGGAGGAAGACAAGGGAGAUGAGGAGGGCGAGGAGCUGCCCGACCACAUUGAGAUCUUACCCCCGACGACCACUACCAAGGAUGAGCUGGAGGUCGCGUGUGCGGCUGUGACGACACACCCUGAGGGCGCUCCGUCGGCGUCACUGACGAUUGGCGGCGAGCCCGUCACACCAGCCCCCACACCGGCACUGCAGCCUUCACCCGCAUCACAGCAGCCACAUGUCGACCACCCAGCCGACAGGGUGAGGUCCUGAGGGAGGGAGGGAGGGAGGGAGGGAGAUGAAAGGGACGGAGAGAGGAUGCGCACACGCACAUGACUGGUGCAUCGUGCUGUGCGUGUGACUGAUGCAAUGCAGGCGCCCUCUGCCUCGGGCUAUGACGAUCGCACUUCGGCAGACAAGAGAGGCUCUUCCAGCCGACACGUGCUGUCGGCCGACUCCAGCCCGGCCCAGCGUGUGCGUCGCUUCAGCAGCCAGCUGUCGGUCUGUAGCUCAGUCGACGGUGGGCCACCACCCGAGGGCUACUCAAGCAGUGAGGUGCUCAACCCCCGCACCCUGCUCAAGUACCAGUCGAAGGAGCUGGUCGAGGUCAAGGAGCUGCUCGACCAGCGAGAGCCGCCCGUCCCCGUCUACGUCCGCAUGAGCAGCAUCGAAGACGAGCGGGCCAAGGUGCGCAAGAACUCCCUCGACGGUGGACCGGUACCCCCUCGCUUCUCCUCCGACUCGCUCCCCUCGGCCAAGGAGCUGCUCAGCCGGCCAAUCGACAUCAGGAUCGGGAGCCGACAGAGUGCUGGUGCCGGCGGUGGUGGGGCGAAGGACGGGCGGCCUCCCCUCCCACCGUUGAAGCGCCACGCCACCGCAGACGCCUCCACAUCGUCGGCGAUCAAGGGCGGGGGCGUAUCGGGGUCGUUCGCAAGGAGGCACGGAGGUCAGAGGCGACUGUCGGCUGACGGCGGACCUCUCCCUCCAGGGUACUCGCUGAACACUCUGCCGUCGGUCCGACAGCUGCUGUCUCACAGCUCGCUGGCGCUCAUUGAGGAGGAAGAGGGCGGUACCCCAGCCGCGCCAUCUCUACCACCGGAGCCAGGUGACGGCGGCCAAGAUGACGUUGAUGCGCAAGACAGGCAGCAAGAGGCAGGCGAGGAGGGGGGGGAGGAGGAGGCAGGCAAGAAGCGCCUAUCAAUCGCGGAGCGGAAGCGGCUCAAGAAGAAGGGCAAGGCAACCGCGCCCUCCGGAGAGUCAUCACCACCGCCGGAUGAGCGCCCCUCGUCCACGGAGAGCCUGGAGAAGCCCAGCACCGGUGCCGCUGCUGGUGCCAGUGCGCGCAGGCCCUCUCCCCCGUCUGAUGGUGGUGGCGUGCCGCAGGUGCCUCGUGGUCAGCGGUACAAGCUCAAAAAGAUCAAGGACAAGUACGCCGACCAGGAUGAGGAGGAGCGGGAGCUGCGGAUGCAGCUCAUGGGCAGCAAGGUCGGCCAACCACCCCUCCCCCCUUGUGCCAUGAUGGAUGUGAGUGCGUUGUUGCUGGUCAUCAGGCGAAGCAGCGCAAGAAGGGCGGCAAGGGGGACAAGGAUGCCGAUAAGGAGGCUGAAAUCAGCAAGGCAGCAGAAGCCAGGGCCAAGCAGGACCACUAUGCCCGUGAGAAGGAGCGCCAGGAGAAGCGUGAGGUACGCGCGCUGCUGCAGGAGGAGGACGAGGCCGUGCUGGAGCAGCAGAUGGCCGAGCGGCUCUCGGAGAUUGAUGCACUCACCGGAUGCCCCCUAGAACAGGUACAUAGCUGGCGGGGCAAGGGCGUGGGAUGGCUGGUCCUCAUCUGUGCGUCAUAUUCAGGAUACGGUGCUCUUUGCCAUUCCCAUGGUGGCCCCCUUCUCGGCAAUUCAGGUACGUACGCUGGUACCGUGCCAGCACACACAGGAAUGACAAACGCAGACUUACUGAUUGAUGGAUCUCUCUCUAUCUCCCUCUGUGUGUAUGUAUGCAGACGUACACAUACAAGGCCAAGCUAACCCCGGGCACCGGCAAGAGAGGCAAGGCCGGUCAGCAGGCAAUCAAGGUCUUCAUCAACACGGUCGGUCGGGCGGUCGGUGAUAUCACCUCAGUACAGCUCAGCAAGAAUCGACGCUGUCUGUGCCCCUGUGUGCAGACUGAGCACAAGGCGCACGAGGAACUUAUGCGAGCCAUCCAGGUGGGCAGGGCGAGCAAAUUCCAUGCACUCACUGCAUAUCGCUCCUUGUGAGCAUGCUGUGCUCUGUUGUGUUGCGGCAUUCCUUCUGGGUGCAGGCCUCCGAGCUCGCCCAGGCCAUGAUCGGGAACGUCAAAGUCUAUACACCCGGUAGGUCAGCCGGUCGAGAUCGAUCGGAGAACGCAACAGUCACUGACUGAUUGGUUGCAUGAGUCGUACUGGUGUAUGUCUAUGUGUCCAUCAGGUAUCAACAAGGUCAUGCAGGCCGAAAAGAAGGAGAAAAAGAAGGAGAAGAAGAACAGGGGGGGCAAGGGACAACAGUGAGUCAGUUUGCGUGUCAUGUGGUAGUGCUAUUGGGUGUUGCGUUUCUUUCGCGUGCGUCUUUUCUCCGUACAUAAGCUACUGGCGUAUGAAAGCCGUUGCUUGGCGUGUGUAUCUGUUGGAGGGGGCUCUUUUGGCCGACAGGAAGUGCAUGAAUGCUUGCGUGUACGAAUGUACGAAUGUGACAGCAACACAGGAAGACAUGUGCACAGGGUCCCCUCACGCGUCAGUCGUGCACCAUCCGUCAUUUGCUUCACAUCAGUGCCAACAUG